AUGGCAAGAAAGCAUGAAGAUGUUGAUUGUUUUUUUUGUGAAGUGUUUCGUAUUGUCACUAUCUUCCGGUCAUCUAACAAAAGACAAGCUCUACUUCGGAAUAAACAAGUUGCUCAUUUUGCAAUUCUAAAUGAAAAAGAAUUGGUGGAAACAGGUACUGGUUUAAAUCAAGAGUUGUCCAUUGCAAAAGCGGGUGAUGCACGUUGGGGAUCUCACUUUCGAACUCUUAAUAGGUUGGUUUAUUUGUUUACUCCUAUUAUUGAAGUGUUCGAAGAUUUGAAAAGUGAUAGUCAUUCUAAGGGUGAACCAAAAAGUUUGUUACUUGUUAUGCAAGCUUUAAGUUUUGUGUUUAUGUUGCACUUAAUGGUUGAGAUUUUAUCUUUGAAAAAUAAUUUUUCACAAUCAUUGCAAAAGGGGGAUCAAUAUAUUUUGCAUGCCAUGGAACUUGUCCCAAUAUGCAAGAAAAAGUUGCAAGAAUUUAGAGAUGAUGGAUGGGAAACACUUUAUGAGCAAGUUGUGGCUUCUUGUGGUAAUGUUGAAAUUUAUGUGCCUGGCAUGGAGUCUCGGUAUAUGAAAGAUAAGAAAUCCAAACGACUUGCUCCUUUUGUUACAAAUUUUCAUUAUUUCAAGAAUGAUUGCUUGAAUGAUCGAUUUACACCUGAAAAUACUGAAUUGUACCCAAAUGACUUUGAGGAUCUUACUGAUAAGAAAUUGUCUAGUGAAUUGGAGACUUAUAUUGAGAGUGUCAAGAUGGACGAUCACUUUUCCAAUUUGACUGGCAUCUCAGAACUUUGUAGGACUCUUGUUCGAACAAAGAAGCAUAAGACAUUUAGGUUUGUGUACACACUUGUCAAACUAGCUUUGUCCUUACCGGUGGCCACUGCAAGUGUUGAGCGAGUAUUCUCGGGGAUGAAAUAUGUUAAGAAUGAUUUGAGAAGUAUAAUGGCUAAUCCAUGGCUAAAUGAUUGCUUAGUGACAUUUGUGGAGAAAGAGCUGUUUAAUACAAUCGAUGAUAUGGAUGUCAUCAAACGUUUCCAAGGAAUGAACAAGAGAAGAAUGCAUUUACGAUUAGACUAG